AUGAAUUUCUACGAAGCAUUAGGGAACGCUGCAAUAAAUGAGGAAAAUAGAGAGGAUUUUAAAAAGCUAAUUCUGAAGAGCGAAAGUUUUAUCGAUGAUGUGCUGCACGAGAAACUUAGGGAACGACAAAAAAGGAGGGAUGAGAUUCUCCAGGACAUUUUUGACAUGGAAAUCCUCGUUGAAAAUCUUAAACUUUUCAUUAACAUGAAGGAUCAGAAGGAAAUCGAGACGCUUACCUUACUGGGAUGCGACAGUUACGUUUAUGCCGAUAUAUUAGACAAGAACAAAAUUUUCAUCCAAAUAGGAUAUGAGUUUUAUUUGGAGAUGUCCCUCGAGGACGCCAUCGUAUUCUUGAAAAAGAAGAUAAAUCUUUACGAGGAGUGA